AUGGCCCAGCAGCGCCACGCCAUCCCCCCACCGCUCAAGACAGAGGAGGACUACAUCCCCUACCCCAGCGUGCAUGAGGUGCUGGGCCGGGAGGGGCCGUUCCCCCUCAUCCUUCUGCCGCAAUUUGGGGGUUACUGGAUCGAGGGCACCAACCACCAGCUGAGCGGGGCACCUGAGUCCCCCCCCACCCCGGCACCCAGCACCCGGGCAAGGCUUGAGGGCAACCACAUGGCCAAGAUCUACCGCAAGCACUUCUUGGGCAAGGAGCACUUCAACUACUACUCCCUGGACCCAGCACUGGGCCACCUUGUCUUCUCCCUCAAGUACGACGAGCAGGAGCACCUCCACCUGCUGCUGCGCACCCGCACCCGCACCCUGCAUGAUGUGGUGCCCAUCUCCUGCCUGGCCGAGUUCCCCAACGUGGUGCAGAUGGCCAAGCUGGUGUGCGAGGAUGUCAACGUGGAUCGCUUCUACCCCGUGCUCUACCCCAAGGUGAACAGGGUGCUGGGGGGGAGGGAGCAUGGGCACCCAUGGGUGGGGGGCACCCUGGGGUGCUCCCCACCCAACUUCCACCCCGACCCCAGGUUCAGGGUGCCUGUCCCCCCUUUUACACCCAGAUUUCGGGGGGGGCUGGAUGUGACCCACGGGCAGACGGGCAGCGAGUCAGUCUACUGCCACUUCCGCGACAAGGAGAUCAUGUUCCAUGUCUCCACCAAGUUGCCCUACACCGAGGGGGAUGCCCAGCAGCUGCAGCGGAAGCGUCACAUUGGCAACGACAUUGUGGCCAUCGUCUUCCAGGAUGAGAACACCCCCUUCGUCCCCGACAUGAUUGCCUCCAACUUCCUCCACGCCUUCGUGGUGGUGCAGCUGGAGCAGGGAGGCUCCCAGGGCACCCUCUACAAGGUCUCUGUCACUGCCCGUGAUGCUGUGCCCUUCUUUGGCCCGCCCCUGCCUGACCCAGCCGUCUUCAGGAAGGGGAGUGCUGUGCCUGCAGCGAUGCUGUGCACGUGUGUGCCGCGUACACCGGGUGCUCUCUGCGUGGGUGCUGUGCACCCUGGCUCCCCCGAGAGCCGCCGGCACCCCGACAGGGCUGAGAAGCCGGAGCCCCUGGAUUUCUCCCGCUCGUCCUCCAGUGCCAGCAGCUUCGGCAGCGCCGUGGAGGAGCCCAGCGAGCCGGGCAGGGAGAGCCGCUCACCCUCGGGGACCCACCACGACGCCUUCACUGACACCCCCUGGCCAGAUGACCCCCCUGGUAGCCCCCCAGGCUGCAAGAGCCCCUUCCCCUAG